GUUGGUUUCGUGGCAACCGUCGGGCAACGACCGAGCAUUCUUGCAUUCGCGGCCACGUCCCCAUGAGCUUUUGCUCGACCCGUUUGUACCAGCGCAGCCUCGCCGCGCUUAGCCUGCUCACAUCGACGAGCCUCUUUGGCUUGUGCGUCUAUGGCUUCCGCAACCUCGCACUCGGCUCGACGCUCGCCGAGCUCGAGGCGACGACGAGCCAUGGCGUCGUGCUCUUCCUCGGGCUCACGCUCAGCACGCUUCUCCUCCUCUCGGAGCUGCAGUGGCACCGCUUCUACGUUCUCUUUGGCUUUCUCAUGUACCGGUGGGGCCGCGCGUUCACGUUUGGCAUUGCAGGCAGCAUGGCGCUGCUUGUGGGCACGAGCCGCGGCAGCUGCACAUCGUCGUGCAUCGAAUACUACCUCCUCUUCAUCGAUGGCGUAGCGUGCCUCGUUGUCGCGGGCCUGCACCUGACGGCGAUCCCGGUCCUCGGCGCCAACCGCGCCGUCCAUGAUGACGUGGCAGCCGUGCAGCUGGCGGACGACGACGACGUGCCCGAGGCGUCGGCGCCGACCACGAUCAGUUCGCACGUAAGCGCUGCGCUUCGAAAGAAAGGCAAACCUUAGUCAUCCAAGGACGCCGAGAAGGACCCGAACCUCCCCGCAUGGAUGCGAGCGUAGCGCCUCGCUGUAUUCAACCGAAUGUGUUGUUGCAUCUGGUUGACAAGCCCA